AUGAAGACGCUCAAAGGCCGUUUCGCAACGGAGCUGCUGCUUGCCAAAAGGGGAAGCCCACUGUUCCUGGGCGGCUCGUUGAAACAUGCGAAAGCGCGUACUGGGAAGAAGGCAUGGUCGCAGUCCCACAGGCUGUGCAAGGAUGUAUGCCUCUGCGCCGUAUGUAGCGAGUUGCCUAGGUCCCGUAGGUGGGGGGUUGGGUGGGUUUGGGUGUGCAAGGGUGGCCAGCGUUCAAGCGCUACUCGCUUUGUUGCCUCUUCUAUCAACCCUGCCAGCCCGGACGACACACUUGUGCCAUCACCAAGCUUGCCGUGUCCGUCUUGCCAGCGGGCUGAUGGCUUGGAGUGCACGGCAGCAGAGGCCGAGCACACCGAGGAACGUAUGCGUGCCUUGGUUGCCAACGAAGGGCUUGAGAUGGCGAUGGCGAUGGUGAUGGUGAUGGUAAUGGUGAUGGGGUGGGCAGUCGAAGAUGAUGGAGGUAGUAUGGAGGUGGAAAGUCGGAGGUCGUCAGAGUGGGAGGCAGGGAGUCUCGUGUGCGACAGCCUCGGAGAAGUGCGCCGCAGGUCACCAGGUCGAGCGACUGUCACCAGCACUGGCAAUAGCAGCAGCAGCAGCGGUAGCAGCAGCGGUAGCGGUAGCGGUAGCAGUAGCAGUAGUAGCAGUGGCAGGAGCAGUAGCAGGUCCCUCCGGAUCGAAAGGGGUCCGGCCGUCUUUUUAGCUCCCGUCGUCUCCGGCGCUCAGUCAAGCACCUCAUGGAAUGAAGGCAUGACCCAAAACUCCGAAAAUGCCAUUCGUGUCUUCCUUUUCCAUUUGACUUGCGCUUGGACCGACACCCUUGACCUCUUCCCACGAACUUGCAUUCAUGUCGUGAUCGGUUAUGGUCAUGAUGCCCUCAAACGACAAAACCGAAUUCGGGGUUCCAACAUCCCUGCUGGCCAAUGGUGUGCUGCGUCGCCCGACCCUCGCUACUUCGACAGGCUAGCCUAUAAACGCUGCGUGUCGGAUUGCUUUGGGCGUAUUUUCGCCGAGCUCCGCCACGCCUCCCCGCCGUGGCUCCCUACCUUGCAGCCUCUGGUCUGUACUGGAGCCCUGAUCGUCCAGGUCAAGGCGCAUCCGUAUGAGCACCUGCCGCCUGCCACCUGCCCCUGA